AUGUCUCCAUCCCACUUCUUCGACGACUGUCCAGCUGAAAUUCUCAUAGAAUGCUUUCUCUUCUGUGUUUACCCAGACCUUCCUGCCAUCCACCCGAAUUGUGCCCCUAUCCUUGUCACUCGCGUUUGUCGCCGAUGGCGUGAGGUCGCACUGUCGACAUCGUUAUUGUGGUCACGACUAUUGAUGCGGUUCAGUAGCGACGAGGCCGAGUCCCUUCACUCCUCGGGCUUACAACCUUUUGAAAACUUUCUCGAUAAGUCGCUCGGCAUUCCACUCACCUGCACCUUACUCGAUCAAACGAAGGCAGGAAGUCCGCACUUCGACCAGUAUCUGGGGGUACUUCUCCGCCAUGCUCGUCGCUGGGAGACCAUAUCCCUAGCCUCUCAGUCCACCCGUCCAACCCUUCCACGGAUCACCGAAUUCCCCUGUCUGCACAGUCUAAAUGUUGACUGGAUCAACGAUUCAGAGUGCGCGCUUGCACCAAUAUUCGAAAACGCCCCAAGCCUUCGAUCCUUAGCACUGCGAUCUUCUCGCACCUUUGACUGCUUCGUCAUUGCACCACAGCUAACUUCCUUGUCGGUAUCCUAUUUCUCCGACACUGAGAAGUAUGCGGUCCUAUCACCGCUCCGACCAUCGAUACAGAGACGACCGGCGCCGGCACACGACGGACGACUCUUCACUGCCCUGUCGACAUUCACAUCCCUGACGAGUUUGUAUAUCGGAACGUUUGCGUACUUCAAACGAGAAUUCAUGGACAACGAUCAUCCCACCGAGAAGGUCGUCCUGCCCAACAUUCAUACGUUCUCCUUCCCCAUCUCUGAUGCCGCCUUUCCUACCAUUUGGCUUUCAGCCAUCACAUUUCCACACCUCCUCGAACUUGGAAUCUCACCACGAGACACACUUGACUUCAGGUCCAAUGAUCACCUCCACAAUGUCCUGGAUUUUGUCGGACGGCAUGCGGACACGGUACGAAACAUCACGCUCGGUUUGCCAAAUACUUCACGAAACGAUCAACGACUCGAAAUUCUGAGCUUGUUGCCUCACAUCGAGACGCUUCGGCUUACAUCACCUCACCAGUCGAGAGUGAACUUCGACCAAAUGAGCAAUCUUAUCGGAUUCGUGGAGGGUCGGGCGCGUCGAGGAGAAGAUGGGCAGGGAGUCACUGAGGGCUUGCGGCGCCUAGUUUUACCACACCAGACGCUGGCAUAUCUACGAAGAGUGGAGAAGAGUGGCAGUUUCGGGCGUCUGCAGCAUUGCAUUCAGAAGGGCCUAGUCGUAGAAGACAUUGGCCUGAUGGGCCUGCACGUAGCUCUGACUAGCGCUGCCAUGUUAUGGUCAAGCACUAAGGCUACUGCGACCCACUCAGCAAAUCGCUCGACACUCGACUGCCUUGCGGACCUCCAAGAAGCGCUCGAAUGCACGAGGGGUCAUUUACAAAAGUGGUCGGAGAAGGGAGGGUUCAGGAAGGAAAUCGUGGCGAAGCUGCUGCCGUCCAUUGCGUUAGGGGAGUUGCAGGAUGAUCAGAAAUGGUUGGCGCAGAGGUGCCAAGACUUGCAGCUUGCGUUCAGCUUCAUGUUGUGGAAGAAAGCGUUAGCUAUGGAUGGGCAGGAGGGUACUGGUCAUGAUGCGAUGGGAAAUGAGCUGCCGAAUUCACAGUCGGGUUCGAUUCAAGCCCAGAACCAGAGCCCGUCAACUAAUAAUGAAAUGAGUAGAGGCAAGUACUCCGAUUUUUUACCCUGUUGGUAUGACAUGAUGGCGAAAGUCAGACGGGGUGAGAUCUAUUCCGGCGCUAUACUGUUGUGGAUAGACGACGAACCCCAUAAGAACCAAGAUCUCGUCUCGUACGCGCAAUCGGCGAACACCAGAGUAGUCACACUCCUCUCGACCGCCCACGCAAAACAGUGGAUUACAUCGAACGACGCGUUACUUCGCCAAACAUAUAAAUGCGGAAGUCUUCGAAUCAUCUCAGACAACGCACGAUUCGAAAAUCCGACUCUGAAUCGCGGGGAGCAUGGCAACAGAACCAAGCCUCAGAAAGAGUGGGUCCCAGAUGCAGGAGAGCAAAAGCUACGCUUCGUCCGAGAACGUGGUCUGCGAGCACCCGUACUCAUAUGGACGCGGUCAGCCAAUAUAACGGCGUUUGUUUUGGAGUACAAAAACGCGGGGUCCACGCUGAUUAAGGAGGUCGUCGAAGCAUUUAUCGCUUCCCUGGCGUAUGGAGAUACCAUCGACAGCUGGCCUCGGAACAUCGACGCAGGAGAACAGAUCAUCCGUUUCGUCCGCGAGACUCUCAGACUGGACACACCUGCACUCAUCUGCACCCGUGUCGAUGUCCAGGUCGCGACGUCGCGACCUGGACAUCGUUCGACGACAGAUACUGCAGUUCUUGAGAACUUUAUUAGGGGGUUUGCGGACGGAGAGGUUCCAGACGGCCAGAAAUGGUGUGGAAGUCAACUUUUGUCCAGCAGGCUUGCCGGUGCUGGAAUUCGCGGUGGCACAGCGAAAUAG